AGUUGCCACACGCAAUACCUGCUCCAUACACCCCCCUCUCUCUUCCGCUGAUGAUUACAUCACAUGUAUCUUGUCUGUUCAUCUUCGUUGAUUUUAAAGUGCACUGCCCUUCGGCAUUGUUCCAGUUCCACCGUUGUCGCCAUUUGCCACUACCCUCACUCCGCGUCAACAAGGAACAUUCGGUCCUUUGGAAUCUGAUUGCACCUUGAACGUGCAUCUGUCACAGAGCCAAUCACCAUCAAGUCAACCCAGAGGAUUCCAAGGUUGUAAAACUGCGCCUCCCCAAAACGUCCAGACCCGUCAAUCAACAGGCUAACCCACUUCCAUCUGUUAUAGUCUUCGGCCUUAUUUGAUCUCUGGACUCUUUGAUUGACAUCUUCCUACCUCUUCACUGGCUAGUUUCCUUUGAUAAUUUUUCAAUUUACUUUGAUUGGCAUCGAAUUUUCAUCAUUGCCUGUCCCUUCCAUAUCCCUCUCGGUAGCUUUACUAUCCGUAUUCUUGCCACUAUCUGCUUGAAAGCACCCAAGCGCUCUUAAAAGUCAGCAUUGGGUAUCGCUUCAGUCCUUGUCGAGGAACAGCAAGUGGGUGAUACGUCGCACAAUUGCCACCUUGUUCACUAAGAAUCUUUCCUACGACAACGUGCACAAGGAGCCAUUUUUCUGGGCCUUUCGAAGCCUGAAAGUAAAUCUCAGCCUUUUCUGUCCAUGAGUGGCAACACUCCAUUCUUUUCGCAGUUAUCCGCUAUUCCAUCUGUGCAGCAAAGGAUGGACAGCAAUCGCUAUCCCUAUGCCGCUGGCGGCAAUCCUGGCCAGCAACCCUCUAACUUCAACAUGAGCGCAAUGUCCGUCGCUUUGCCUGAUUACUCUUCGCAGCCUCAACCUAAUCAAAACCCUCAAGUGCAACCUCAGGGACAGCGACGCUUAUCUGGCGCUUCGACUCCUGCAGUGGUUUAUCAAAUGCAGCAGAAUCUUCAGUAUCCACAUCAAAGCAAUACGACCUACGGAAAUCAAGGUGGACAGACCGGGUUCGGUCAGGCACAGUUUCCGUUGUAUGGGCAGCUGCAAAGCCCGCACCCCGGGGGAUUUUCUCAGGUACAACCACAGAGACUUGGGGGACUCCCACAGCAUUUCAACGGAUACUCCCAAAUCUCUCCUCAGUACUAUUACUACCCAGGCACAACACCAGCGUACCACUCAAUACCGUUUCAGCCAGGUGCGACCCUCCAUGUCCCCGUAGCUGCUCGAGGUGGAAUAGCAAAUGUGCAGGGUGCCACAGGUUCGGACCCUCCUGAAGUAUAUCAAAGCGUGCCUAGACAAAUCACGAACAGCAAUCUUAGCCCAGUCCCUCGAGGUCCGCCGCGAAAACCGAAACAAUCUGGCCAUGCUCUCUGGGUUGGUAAUCUUCCUCCUGGAGCGGUCGUCACCGAUUUAAAAGACCACUUCUCCAGAGAAGCUACGAGAGACAUUGAAAGCCUUUUUCUUAUUUCGAAGAGCAACUGCGCAUUUGUCAACUAUCGUACCGAGGCCGCGUGUCAAGCGGCCAUGAAACGUUUCCAUGAUUCACGCUUCCAUGGUGUCCGACUCGUCUGUCGGUUACGAAGAAGUAGUACGCCAGCAUCUGGCGUGCCUACGGCCCCUGCCGCCAUGGCUGGAAGACGAGAAUCACUAACAUCAUCUGGCCCGUCCCCUGUUCUCGAAAAUGCAGUCGCGGACACCGAAACUACGGAAAAGCCAACGGAACAUCCCGCAAACGAAGAAAACCAAAAUGAAGGCAAGGUUGCUGAGAAAUUCUUCAUCGUGAAAAGUCUUACACUGCAAGAUCUUGAACAGAGCGUAAGAACUGGCGUCUGGGCUACCCAAUCCCAUAAUGAACAAAUAUUGAAUAAGGCGUACGCGUCCGCUGAUAAUGUUUAUUUAAUCUUCUCUGCCAACAAGUCUGGCGAAUAUUUCGGCUAUGCACGCAUGGCCUCCCCGAUAAACGAGAAUGCUGCUGAGAUAAUAAGAACGUUGCCCCAGCCUGAGGCUACGGAAGCUACAGAUGCACCCAAGACGAUACCAACGCCAGCGACCGAGUGGGCACCAAAGGGGCGCAUUAUUGAUGACUCUGCUAGAGGGACUAUUUUUUGGGAAGCCGAGCUUUCUGAUGAAGAGGAGGAGUCGAACAGAGCCACGACUUCUGAAGAAGACGCUGACUCUGGAUCAGAACAAGUCUGGGGUAAACCGUUCAAGAUAGAAUGGAUUUCCACAAACCGACUGCCAUUCUACCGAACUCGAGGCUUGCGGAACCCCUGGAACGCCAACAGGGAGGUCAAGAUAGCAAGAGAUGGCACCGAACUGGAGACGAGUGUGGGGAAAAAGCUCAUUCAGAUGUUCCAUCGUCCAGGACCUGCUCCCACUUCGCAAAUGCCCGUCAUGGCAGUACCUGCACAGAUGGGAGGGUCGUCUAUGCCAUUCUAGGACAACGUAACAGACUCGCGCCAGCAUGUCCCAUCCAACUCCCCAUGAAUUAAUUUUGCUGCACUAUGGAGUUUUCGAAAGACAAAUUCAGCAGGACGUUUUGCUACGGUUACAUCGAAACUGUCGACGUAUCUUCUAUCGUCUUGCCUGCCGGUCAGGGUCUACCUUCUUUCCUCUUCAGUGCUUUUGACAAAAGCGAGUAUGCGAUUGUUCAGUUCAAACUUGUAUAACGAAGCAACGAUUGUCAUGUCGUGAUGAUGUAUUCUCAUAUGCAUUGGUCUCGAAGAUAGUUGGUCGAAGUUGGUGCGUAGAGAGCAGCGGCACACAUACACGUAAUGUCUUCAAAAGGCUCGAUGUGUUUUCUUUCACUUUUGCAUAUGCUGUCCAAAUCUGCCCAACUAGCCCACACAAAGUGCUUUGGGAGUCGACAUGGAUUUCAGUCAAGCUAUUUCUUGUUCUUUUUCUCCCAGCCACGUCGGCGAUUCCGUCCCUUGGAUAAAAGAAGAGUCCAGCAUUCCCGGAGAUCCAACGCAAUCGAAAAGAAAACUGAUUCUCUCGAAGAACUGAAGGAUUACCCCUGCUUGAAUAGGAUAUCAUUGCCACACCCCCUAGUCCACCCGACCUAGUAUCAAGGUCGAGUUGUUCAAUCGGCGUUUGCUCCGCGGACAUCUCACUCGCCACGGCGGACGGCGAGUAUCGUACGACGCCACGAAACAGAAGCCUCCAACUGCUCGUAAUUCGGCGACCUGAAUGUGCGGUCGAAUUUUGCGGCGCCAUCGUUCAACUGGCGUCACUACUUGUCGCACCGUGAAAUCGUACACAAUCUUUGCGAGUGAGGCGAACCGCGGCUGUGAAGACCAGGGUCAGCCCCAGUCAUCAACCCCUUGUCGUGCAGAUCGUUCUAGACCGUGGGGUUCAGCUUACGGUUUUGCUGAUGACAUGGGUUUCCAUGGGCUGUUUCAAACACGAGAUCAGGACAGCACGGCGGGGGAGGCAAAGACAUCUGAGCGUUCCGCGCAACUUGGGAGAUGUUGAAUGGCUGUGCAACACGCAAUGACCAAGGAACUGUGGCGCUGAGGCCUUCAGGUAAAUGCAUUCAUUCUUCAGCUUUUCGGCGGACGUGCGCACAUGGGUGGCAUUUUGAAGAAAUGAAGACUGGCCUAAACUUGGGAAAUUUUUCAUUAUCCGUAACUUUCAACGUAUUCUGUACUGGUAUCAACAAACGUAAAUAUCAGCCAAAUGGUAACCUAGCCGCCUAGCUUGCAGUGGAGGAUGUUUGAGCGGCUGAGAUAAACCCAUUUCCUCCAGUAACCCAUCAU